AUGGAAAAAGAGAAGGAAGCAUACCCGGUCAAGAACUGGCUCAUGAAGUACGAAGAUCACUCAGAAGACCAGGCAACGGAUGACGGUAUCGCCUCUCGAGACCGCGUCUCCUAUGGCCCCGACGACCUCCAGUUGUACACAGACAAAGCCAAGAGCGCAGACGACUUGGCUGUCUCCGUGGAGGCCUGUUCCGAAGACGGGUUUAUGACGUUGCGGGAAUUUUCCUUCCAGAUCGACAACCCUCCACCUACACUCGAGCUUUCAGCCUUUGGUGGGGAUGCCGUAUUCUCUCUUCUGAAGCUGGAGGACGGCGCGACAACGAUCUGGCGUGAGGCCACUCCAACAGAACGCUCCACGCUAGACCUCGAACAGUUCCCGCUACAGCACACGAUAUUCUUUGAUCACUACCUCGUCCUUGGAGCGGCUUGGUUGAAGAAACGUCGUGCCGACCGAGGCACAAUCCUGACAAGUCGCCAAAUCGGAGGAUUAAUCGUCGCGACCAGCUACUACAAGAGGCCUUCGAGCAGGAGCAAGGCGAACCAUCCUACAUUCAACCGUUUCGCGGACGAACACGGAAUCGGUACUAGGUAG